AUGAUUAAUAGCAUUUCUUCUCUGGAUCUCUCUGAUAACAGACUAUCCGGGAAAAUACCUUCUAGUAUUGGUGAUCGCGGUAGUCUUUUAUAUCUGAAUUUAGGCUUUAAUAAUCUCAGUGGGAAUGUUCCAAACGAGCUUGGACAGGUGAAAGGUCUUAUGUUAGGUGAUAAUGCUCUUAGUGGAUUCUUUCCUGAUUCAAUAGAACAACUCAGCAGUUUGGAAGUUAUAAACUUGAAGAACAACAAUUUUGAAGCCAACUUUUUGGAAGGUGCUAUCCCAGAUGAGAUUGGUCUACUAAAAGGUCUUUUCCUGCUCAAUCUUUCACAUAAUCGUUUGAUUGGUACAAUCCCAAAGAGUGUUGGGUCAAUGCAUAGUUCAGACUUUUUAGACUUGAGUUUCAACAAAUUGUCUGCUCCUAUCCCACAAUCUUUGGCAUGCCUAGACAUUCAUGCAUAUUUCAACAUGUCUUAUAAUAACUUGAGUGGCACGAUCCCAGUAGGAAAUACCCCGAGUAGAAAUCCUUUAGCAUGUUUGAACAAUAAAUUCUUGCUUGGGAUGGUUACGGAGAACAUUUGCAAGGGUAAUGAUACUGAACCUCAAAAUGAAGAUGACGAAGAUGCAAAACAGAAGUUGUUAUUGUAUGCUGUUGUUGCCUUGGGAAUUGGUGUCGGAUUCUCAGGUCCGUUCUUGGUUUUGCUUGUACGGAGAAAAUGGCGGUUUGGGUAUUGGAGAAUAAUCGGUGUUGUUGCAAUAAGAGUAACUAGGUGUGUGUUGAAAAAUUAA